AACGUGCCAACGAGUCCGCAGGGGACGGAGGGCUCUCGCACGGGAAGAGCUGUCUAAACUGGGCACGGGUUCUAUCCGUAGGCCAACCCUGGGGCUGUGAAUGAGGGCGACUCCCAAGCAGCCUGUUCUCCUUAGGCACCUAGGUGCUCCUCCAGCAGAUGUCGCUGGUUCUCAGCAGUCUAACACCUGGGGGCUUGGAACAGAGCUCAGGUGGGCCAUAUCUGAGGAUAGUGGGCUCGCGCCCUGCGCGAGAGGAGGCGCUGUGCCCUAGGCGUCCCUACUUCUUCCAGGCUCCAGCCGGGGUCUCGACCUUAAGGAGGGCUCGGACUGUUUUGCUGCACAAGCUCGACUCUGUCCUCCUCCGCUAACCCCCUACCUGCGACUCUCGAGCCUGAAGGGAGAAGGGGGCGGGGUCAACACAAGAGCGGAGAGAGGCGGCGGAGCCGGAGCUCCGACGCCUUCUUCCCGAAGAGCAGAAGGGCUGAGAGGGCAGCACCUAAGCAGCGGCACGAGAAGCCCAGGACGGAGAUGUCCGAUCAGGGAGGACAGCAGGAGGUCAGCCCCACCAGGACAACUAAGAAACAUGCCUCCUUUAACAUCUGGCGGAUCAAGAAGAAGCACCAGAAUCCUGCGGACUGGGGUGUCUUUAUUCCCCAUCCUCCGCCUCCGGCCGUCUCCCAGGAGUCCGAGACACCUGUCCACAGAGUUCUGGAACCACCUCCUGGAAACCAUGAAGCUUCCGAAGAAACCCCAGAAUAUGCAAACCACUACAGGGAGCUCCAGGUUUGUGAGGUCUCCCCCGAAGUCCAGGCGCCCUUGUCGGCAGACACUGGAGUCCUCAAAAAGUCCAGAGCACAACCACCAGAAGAGAAUAAAAGAAAACCAGUUUUGGGAAAACUUGGCAAUCUUUUCACUGCUGGGAGAAAGCGGAAUAGCAGGAAUGGAUCGGAGGGUCCUACAAACUCAGUGCCUAAAUUAGUAUCUUCUUCUAAGCUGUUAGAAAGAGAGAAGGAAAAAAGUAAAACUGGCACCCAACCAAGAAAUACAGAUGGGUCUGUAGGGAGCUCACUUACAGAAAAAACACAUGAGCCAGAGAAUGACCAGAGCCAGGCAACUUCUCUUGACGCUGAGCUAUCAUCUUGCUUGAGCAACACUGAAACAGUGGCUGCACAACUCUGUGAUGAAGGUGAUUCAUCCAAAUUAGAACCUUCAGAACAAGAAAGAGACACUUUCCCAGAUCCCACAGCUGCUGCCAAGGACCUGCCUUCCAAGCCAGAAUAUUCCUCUAGGCAAGAGAGCUCAGAGCUCCUUGCUCCCAGUUUGGAAAAACUUUCAGGCAGUAGUCACCCAACCGAGGAGAAUGAAAGAUGUCUAACCAAUGGAUCCCUGGGAUGUGCUGAGGAAAGAGAUCUCGGGCCUGAAGACUUCAAAGGCCAUCCACCUGAAAACUCUUCCGUCUUAACCAGCUUACCUAAAGAGUUGAGUGGCAAUUGUCUGAGUAACUUGCACACUGAGAACACAGACAGUAAACCUGAGGUCUCGAAUGCAAACUCAAAGACUGUGCUAUGUGGUCCAGAUUCCAAAGGCACGGAGCGCGCACCCCCAGCUAAAGUUUUAACUUUGGAUAUCUAUCUGAGGAAGACAGAGGAGGUGUCCCCCGCCGAUGAGCCAGUGGUUGUUUCUCUGGCAGAAGACGAUUGCAGCGAUCCCGAGGAGAUGGAAAAGCGUUCUAAUGGCAGAAGGUCAGGGAGGAGGAGAAAAUCUCAGAAAUCGACUGACUCACCCAACGGAGAUAAAGUUCCGGUUGAGACUCACGCUAGGGAGGACUCUGUGUUCGUGGAGGAUGUAGCACCCGAUGCGGUUGCAGAAAAAAGCUCUGGAGAAAAGAAAGUAAAAUCGCCCCAGGCAGCAACUGCAGCAGCUGUACCAGAAAGGAGCGCCUCAGCAUCUGGCAACCCCGACCCCAAGACUGGGGCUGCUCACCUGAAAGGACACCAGAGAGGGGACUCGGACAAAAGCAGGCAAUCCCAGCUCCCCACCGUUUCCCCGACCAAAAGGAAGGGCAGAAGCCGCCAGUCCGAAGCCAGCCCCCUCUCCCCUCCGGGGGGUUACAAGAAUCCAGGCAAAGAUUCUCCUUCCAAAAAGCAGUCUGGGACGGCCCCCGAUGGGAAUUCCGCUUGUACCCCCAAAGUAGUGGCUGGGGACAAGUCAGCCGCCGCCCUCGGGCAGGGGAGUGAGAACGGAGAGGAAGGGGCAGCGGCUGCCAAGGUUAUACCCCGCGAGCUUACGGUGAAGAGCAGCACCUUGCUGCCCGAAAUCCGCCCUGAGCACAAGAGAAGCUCUUUCCUCAACAACUUGGAUGGCAGAGCGGAGGGGGGCAGAAACAGAGGCGAGCUUGGGAGACUGACUGCCAGCUCCGACCCUGACAACUGCAAACACAGAAGCCACUUGGGUGCUACCCGAGCAACAGUAACCACCAAGAUUAACCUCCCAGCCAAGCCCAAACAUGUGGAGUUGAAUUUCAAAGCCCCAAAGAAUCUGGAGAGCUUGGGAAAUGAUCAUAAUCCAUUUAGCCAGCCAGUUCAUAAAGGAAAUACUGCCAACAAGAUUUCCUUAUUUGAAAAUAAGCGUGCUAACAACAGCCCAAGAAACACCGACAGCCGGGGUGUGAAGAGUGUUCCACCAUCAAAGACUUUUGUUGGUAGAGCAAAGCUUAAUUUAGGAAAAAAAUCCAAGGAAAUUGAACUACUGGAAAAGAGAGGAAAUAUGCAAAAUAAUCACCCAAAUGGUGGGUUGUCAAAGGAAGUGUCCAUGGAAAAGAAGACUAUUCCCCCAGAAGAACAUAUUCUGCCAGUGACUGCAAAUAGUGGGGAGACGACUGCUGAUUGUCAGCCUGGCCCAACUGAGAAAGCAGAUGUUCAAAGAGACCCCUCCUGUCCUUCAGAACAAACAGACGCUGCUCAGAUUCCCAGUAAGGAUGUGGAAAUCCUUGCAGAAAACAGUUUGAAGACUGUCAACAGUACUGGGCUUGUGUUAGAAAACAAGAUUGACCUGGAUAAGGAAAGCAAAGAUUCAACUCAGACAGUCCCAAUAAAAUCUCCUGCAGAUGUUCUUGACUUGCAUCCUGUAGUAGAGAUGUCUAAUGGUCCUUCCAUCCCACAGUCAGCAUCUGUUUCUAUGGCAGCUAGUGAAGAUACCUCUGUCCGUUGUGAUGGGGAUGCAGCCCCUGCUGGUAGCCAUUCUGGCGCUGAUCUGAAAGAGUUUUCUCAGCCAUCAUUGGGAUCAGGAGGUCGUGCCGAGUGUGACUUACCUGCCUCGUGUGAAAAUAGCAAAAUGACCCCAAAUGAACUUGGAAGAGAAGACAGAAGCCCUGAGUCUGUGGAGGAUCCAUUAAACUCAGAAACCUGUGAAGAUAAGCCAUCCAAAGUUCGUGUCCAUGUUAGGUCUUAUGUGUUACCCGUGGAAACUGCUCAAAGUCGAGCCCCACAUAUCAUUUUAGAUAGUUCAGAAGUUGAAGAAGUUCGAAUGACGAGUUAUUAUAAUGAUGGAGAUGAAGUAGAUGCUUCUCACAGCUGCACUUCUGUAAAAGAUGGGGUGCCAGACACUAAAGCCACCUCACCAAAGGAUGUGGAAUGCAAAGGAGAGCACCCAGAAAAAUCUAGGCUGCCACUGGAGUUAGAGAAGACCGUGUCCAUCCAGGCACCAAGUGAUGACAGCAAAAUAGUCAUGGCAACCGAGUCAAGCCCAGCCAACUCGCAGGGUAGUAAAAGCAGUUUAGAACUUUUACCAAGACCAAGUCAAGACAUCCAAGAUGUUGAAGGCAGCCCUGCUAGUGGUCUGAAUGUUUCUGUAGGGAGUGAUGACAGUACUUUUGAUUCUUCGGCCGAUAUGGAAAAAUUCACAGAAAUCAUCAAAAAGAUGGACAGCUCCAUUUGUGUGCCCCAAAAGAAAAAGAAGGCCAGGAUACCAAAUUCUCCUGCUCCCCAUUUUGCCAUGCCUCCUAUUCAUGAAGACAACUUAGAAAAAGUGUUUGACCCCAACACAUUUACUUAUGGGUUGGGGAAAAAAAGAGAAAACCAGCAAGACGCGUCACCAGGCUUACAUCUUUUCCAAGGUCUGGAUACCAAAUCUAAAUUGAGACCCAAGCGUUCCUCUGCGGAACAGAGCAUACUCUUCAAGUCUGCGAAUACAUCGACCAAAAACGAACUCGUAGAAUGUCCAGAAACAAAUGGAAAGGAGAAUAAGGACAUCGCAAAUGGUGGAAUUAAGAGAUCUAGGUUAGAAAAAAGUGCUCUUUUCUCCAGCAUGUUAUCUUCUUCCGCUUCAACCCCAGAAAAAGUCUUUUCACCAUCAGUGACAUCCGUCAACACAAUGACCACAUCUUUUGGCACAUCUCAGAACAGUUCUCUCUUGCCAAAGCCAGCUGCUUCAAAGAUUGGUUCUGAUGGGAUACCAGGCCUUUCCGCUCAGUCCAGUAAUUCAGAAAAUGAGCUCCACAGACUUCCAUCGGCCAACUCCUCAAAGAUCUUCAACUUUGACUCAUCGAGUAAAUCACUGUCAGGUUUAAGAAGUCCAAACUAUGUGGAGAAAUACUUGCAAACAGGUGAAACAAAGAGAGAUCCGGAUUCACGGAACAACCUGACUUUAACAGAAACUCGAUUUUCUGAAUUUUCCAAGCUCAAGAACAACAAUGGCAUAGAAAAAACAACUUCAUUAGAAAGUACUCUUAAACCACAGAUGCCAAACUUUGGGAGCAAUGAUACAGAUUUCAUGAGUUAUCUAAAACCCAGCAUCUUUGAACCAAGUAUUUCCUUAGCUGGAAUGACAUUAUCAGACACUCCGGUAUUUAAAGCAAGUAUGCAAAAUAAAAUCAAUCCCCGACCUGGAAAGGUGGUGAUCUAUAGUGAACCCACUUUCUCUGGGAAUUGCUUUGAAGUUUUCAGUGACAUUCCUAAUUGUACCUCUUGGAGCCUGUCACCAGUAAUCAUUGUAAAAGUAGUUCGAGGAUGCUGGAUUUUAUAUGAGAAACCAAAUUUUGAAGGGAACUCAGUUCCUCUUGAAGAAGGAGAAUUGGAGCUAUGUGAUCCCUGGAGAAUGGAAGAUAUUUUGGUAGAAAGUGAGGAGGACAAAUCUGCUAAGCCCAUGGUGAUUGGUUCAAUUAGACAUGUAAUUAAGGAUUACAGAAUUAGUCAUAUUGACUUGUUUACUGAAACAGAAGGGUUGGGACUUGUAAAUUCCUACUUUGAUGACACUGAAGAAAUGCAGAUGUAUGGUGCAAUACAGAAGACAUGUUCCAUUAAAGUGCAUUGGGGCACAUGGCUGGUUUAUGAAGAACCUGACUUUCAGGGUAUUCCUUUUGUCCUCGAGCCUGGUGAAUAUCCUGAUUUAGCCUUCUGGGGCACAGAAGAAGCCUACAUUGGAUCAAUGAGGCCCCUGAAAAUGGGUGGUCGAAAAGUUGAAUUCCCUACAGAUCCAAAGGUCAUCAUUUAUGAAAAGCCUUUUUUUGAAGGAAAAUGUAUGGAACUAGAAACAGAAAUAUGUAAUUUUAUCACAGAAGGAGAUGAAACAGAAGAAGCUGGAGAAGAUAAUUUGCAUUUGAAAUCAGUAGGGUCUAUAAAAGUUCUAGGAGGCAUUUGGGUUGCUUUUGAGAAACCAGGAUUUACAGGACAUCAGUAUUUGCUAGAAGAAGGUGAAUACAAGGAAUGGCAAGAUUGGGGUGGCUAUGAUGGAGAGCUGAAGUCUUUACGACCUAUAUUAGGUGAUUUUUCAAAUGCUCACAUGAUAAUGUAUAGUGAAAGGAACUUUGGAACCAAAGGUUCAAAUAUUGAUGUAUUAGGAAUUGUUGCCAAUUUAAAGGAUACGGGAUAUGGAGUGAAGACACAGUCCAUUAAUGUAUUAAAUGGAGUAUGGGUGGCCUAUGAAAAUCCAGAUUUCACAGGAGAGCAAUAUAUACUUGAUAAAGGAUUAUAUACUAGCUUUGAGGACUGGGGAGGCAAGAAUUGUAAGAUCUCUUCAGUUCAACCUAUAUGUUUGGAUACCUUUACUAGUCCAAAGGAAAGAAAUAAAGUUCACUUAUUCUCAGAACCAGAAUUCUGUGGUAGCAGUAAAGUUUUUGAAGAAACAACGAAUCAAAUUGAAGAUUCCUUUUCAGCAAAGUCUUGCAGAGUUUUGGGGGGCAGCUGGGUUGCUUAUGAUGGGGAAAAUUUCUCUGGUAACCAGUAUGUAUUAGAAGAAGGACACUAUCCUUCUCUGUCUGCGAUGGGAUGUCCUCCGGAAACAAAUUUUAAGUCUCUUCGCUUUAUAGAUGUUGAGUUUUCAGAACCAACAAUAGUUCUUUUUGAAAGAGAAGACUUCAAAGGGAAAAAAAUUGAACUUAAUGAAGAAGUAGUGAACCUCCGGUUCCUGGGAUUUAAUACUCAGAUACGCUCCAUCCAGGUCAUUGGUGGCAUAUGGGUCACUUAUGAAUUCAGCAAUUAUAGGGGACGACAGAUCUUGCUGUCCCCUGCAGAAGUCCCCAAUUGGUAUGAAUUCAGUGGCUGCCGCCAGAUCGGUUCUCUCAGACCUUUUAUUCAGAAACGGAUCUAUUUCCGGCUUCGCAAUAAAGCCACGGGGUUUUUCAUGUCAACCAAUGGAAACCUGGAGGACCUGAAGCUUCUCCGGAUACAAGUGAUGGAAGACGUCGGAGCGGACGAUCAGAUAUGGAUUUACCAAGAAGGAUGCAUCAAGUGCAGGAUCGCGGAAGAUUGCUGCCUGACCAUUGUGGGAAGCCUCGUGACCUCGGGCUCCAAGCUGGGCCUGGCGCUGGACCAGAAUGAGGACAGCCAGUUCUGGAGCAUCAAGUCUGAUGGCAGAAUCUACAGCAAGCUGAAGCCCAACCUCGUGUUAGACAUCAAAGGGGGUGCACAAUAUGACCAAAACCACAUUAUUCUUAACACUGCCAACCAAGAGAAAAUGACCCAAGUUUGGGAAGCCUUGAUCCUGUAAACUUGGACAAAGAAUGCAAGUUACUCUGGACCUACAGCUAGCUCCUUCAAUAGAUGGAGUAGUGUUGCUGAAAAGUUGGACACGGACCAUUCAGCUUGAAUUCUAAAAACCAGCAUUGAGCCUUGAAAGCACAUCAUUAUUCUGUAUUUUCAGGACAGACUUGUCACCUAUAGUUUCUUACUGAGUUUCGGCAAUUCUAAUUCUGUAUUUUUUUAAAGGAGCUGCUUAACAAGAUUGCCUUAUUAGAACAUGUUUUGUGUUACUGGAGACUUGUUAAUAUCACAUCUGUCUGUUUUAAAUUAUUCCCUAAAAUGUCUUGACAGAAAAGAAUGUAAACAUGCUAACCAAACAAAACAUCCUGAACCCACAGAAGAAGUUGAACUGCACAAAAGUGGGGCACCGUGGAAGCUCAAAUUUGCAAUAUAAAGGACAGACCAUCCAUCAGCUGGAAAGUUCCCGCUCCAUGUCUAGAACGCAGGAGGCGGCUUCACAAAGUUUGAACUGUCAAAACGAAAUGUAAAUAAUUUAUUAGGACCACAAUUGUAGUCCCCAAGAUUUUAGGGUUGUUACUCAUCAAUUAUGCCACACCAAAUAUGGUGGAAGAACUCAAAGCCUUAAGUCAUGUGUAUUCAUGAUAGAGUAUGAGAAGUUGCUUAAGUAUAAUCAAAUAUUUUUUGCCUUCAGGCAACUUUUAAAAAUGGCAGUAUCCUUGGGGUACUAGCUCACCUUUGCACCUCUGUGCCUCUGGCCUAGUAAGUAACCGUAGCCAUUUUAUACCUACCAGCACAACGGUGCGUGGCCCCAGACCGUCUAAGUGAACGUCGUCUGCUUUCUUAGGGCAGGGAGAUAGUUCCACGUAGCUCCAUGAUAUGGCUCUUUCUUCACCAGCUUAGAAGUGUUUUCAUUUGUUUACUUGUCUUUGUGCAACUUCAUGUGCUAGAAACAAAAACGCUUCCAGGGGUAGGUUCCCUUUCCACUACAGCAGUACUUGCUUCCUUCUCAAAGUCCACUGGGCCUUCCGUUAUCUCCCCUGGCUCCAGAAAGUGGAGACAGACCUAGUCCUUCGGCCAGAGCUUUGUUGGGAGUUAGCCCCCAAAGUGAGGUCGUUGGGGCACAUUCGGUGAUUAACUGAUGGUGGGCUUAUGGAUCUGGUGGCCGGGCUGCGGUGACCCCCCUCUCGGUAAACAUUAACCAGAUCCUAAAACUGUAUAGGAAAGUUGAAGUGAAUAAAAAACAUUUAAAAGACUGGUAGGCGGGGCGUCGGGGUGCUUUUUCUUCAUGCUGAUCAUUUGAUCACUCUGGUCCCCACGGAGGGUUCUUCUCUCACCUCUUCCUUCCUCACCCAGACUCUCACUCACUUCCCGGAACAAUGGCUGCUUUUGUUCUUGUCUCUGGUGAAGCAAAUCGCUCCCCUGAUUCGGAGCGUCUCCCUGGAGUCUGGUAAAAACCGAGGACUGAGAUUUUGUCUCUAAGGUUCACAAUAAACAGUUUCAUGGUAGAGU